CAACCACGACGUGCACCGACUAUGCAAACACCCAAACCUCUAACCCUCAAUGUUGAGGAAUGGGAGGCUAAAGCCCCAUUAAGCGAUCGGGAAAUUGCAAGUGUUGGCACAGUGAGGUUGGCUUGUGAACAGAUUCCAUUACCGUCCAAGUUUGACGAUGAUGAUGCCACUGGGUCGUCUUCAAGGCCAUCCACACCAGUUGGCAGUCGACUUCGACCCCAUCCCGCAACUCCUGGUGGCAUUAGUCGGCCGAACUCUCCCAUGCCAGGGUAUAAGCCCUUACAAACGCACGCGCUUCAUCCAAAACAUGCAAUCCAAACGGCACAACAGUUCUAUGACUGGUUUGCGUUGAUUGAACGCAGCGUUGCGCAUAGUCAAGAAGCUCAUUUCCGUGCUCAUGUCGCUAGUGUUUCGGAGCAUCUUGACACUUGUGACCGACUUGUUGAGAGAGUGGAUGAGGUUGGGCUUCAAGUGGACGACAUGCUUGAAGGCUGGAGGGGAGUGGAAGAAGGUGGUAGGAGCUUGAAGGACGCCUGCGAACGUUUGUUGGAAGAAAGAGAUCGUUUACUUUCGCUCACCGAUGAGAUUGGUGCACGACUGGAAUACUUUCAAGAACUCGAUGUUGCGACUCGAAUGCUCAAUCAUCCAGGAGAGUCCUUGGUGCUCCAAACCGACUUCCUCUACAUGGUAGAGCGCGUGGAUAUAUGCAUUGACUACCUCAAGGCUCAUCGCCACUUCCGUGAAUCUGAGGUUUAUCUCCUCCGUUUUCAGCAAUGCAUGACUCGCGCAAUGACUCUGGUACGGAUGUACUUUGUUGCUUCUCUAAAAACGCUUUCGGCCGACAUUUCUAAACGAAUGGGUGAGAAGGACGUGUCUCAUACCGCACAAACUCAUCUUCUAUAUACGCGCUUUCGCUCUGUAUCAACCCACCUCGCGCCUUUGCUAGGGGACCUUGAACGUCGUGCAGCGUCACAUCCAGCAGAGCUUUCAGCUCUCCUCAGCGAAUGUCAUUCUGCCUACCUAUCGACCCGUAAAAGUUUACUCGUUGGUCGGCUUGUGCAAGAAAUACGAGGGUUAGACCCAGGACGGACUGAACUAGUCGAGCUGACUCGGGCCGGCUGCAGCUAUCUCAAGCAGCUUUGUACGGACGAAUGGAGUCUCUACCAGGAGUUCUUUAGGACAGGAGAGGAUAUGCUCUAUCAAUAUCUUGAAACACUUUGCGACUAUCUAUACGACGACCUGCGGCCGAGAAUUUUACAUGAACCCCGGCUUACGGCGCUAUGCGAAGUCUGUACGGUAUUACAAGCCCUAAUGGUGCUAGAUAGCGCUGGUGCUGAGGUCGAUGACGACGAGGAAGACGAAUCCUCUGAGGGACCCAUUUCUAGAAAAUCAAAACCGCGGCCGCUACAUAUCGCCCAUCUACUCUCAAUGGUUCUCCAAGAUGCACAAACCCGACUGUUCUUCAAGGCACAAGCAGUCAUUCAAAGUGACAUCCGUUACUAUGUCCCCAAAACGGACAAUGGUGACUUGGCCUGGCCAGAAGCAAUCCUGCUCGAUGGUGGAGCAGCGCCGCUGGAUCAACAGGGAACGUGGUAUCCUACCGUGCAAAAGACCGUUUGGGUUUUGGAGCAACUGAGAGAUUUCGUCAACCCUGCCAUUUUCGAAGACAUUGCUCAAGAGGCAGUGACUUUGUGCCGACAAUCUCUUGUUCUUGCUGCAGACAUGAUCAAACAACGUCCGACAUCAGAAAAGACCAACAGUCAUGACAAAUCAACUCAAGUGCCCCCACUACCGCCUGUCCUCGUAGGCACACUAGACGGAGAUCUGUUCCUUGUACGGCACCUGCUUGUUCUCAAAGAAAUAACCCACAAUCUGGAUCUGCGAUUGGGACAUUUUGACGCUGGCGAGCAGGACAUCGAUCGGUACUUGUAUGGUGUCGGUGAUACUUUGGCAGCAAUUUUGAACCGAACGUCGUCUCUACUGCCUGGGGCCAUUCUCGCCUCGCUGGGAAUGCCUCGAACGGACGAAGGUAUCCGCGACGCUAAACAGGCAAGUCCAGGUAUUGACCAUGACCUCAAACGUGUCUGCGAGGAGAUAAUUAUCACUUGUGCUGCGGCAAUGUGUGACCCGCUUCGCUCAUGGCUUGAGCAAGUCGAAUCCCAUAACGCCCUCCGCGCUUCAACAUCGACAUCAACAAAAACUACACCCGAGUCCCUGGCCCAGCCAGCAGCGGAAGCUCUCGAGCAGAGUUUUCGGAAAGCUUGUGCUACUGAACUCUCAGCUGCAGCAAUGAGAAUACGCCUCUACCUCGGUGGGACUAGCGGUGGAAGUGCGGAGGUUUUAUUGGCUCAUGUCAGAGAAAGAGCCAUCGAAGAGUACACCAGAUUCAGAGAGGUAGUAACUGGCAUGUAUGCCGGGGGCAUGCGGGGCAUUGUUAUGGAACGGGCGGAAGUGCGCGCACUGUUGGAUAAAGCAUGCUCUGAAGGGAUGCAAAUCAAAGGGCAAUAA